UUCAACGAAACCAGACGCUUUUUGUUCCUUCGCGUUCGUUUCUCGUCCGACAUCGUCGAUCAUAAAGUCAUAAAAUUGAACAUCGUUCGGCCGUACAUGCACAUGAUAAGAGAAAAUACGGCUUUUUUUGUUGUUUAUUGCUGUUUAUUUACUAUUAAAACACUGAAAAUAAACCAAGGAACGCAACUUCAGUGAACAAGUGUGCAACAACUUGAACUGUUGCGUUUUCGGCACGUGAUUGAAACAAGAAAAAAUUCUCAUUGAGCAAAAAUAAGAAAAAAAAGUCAGGAAAUAAAAUAAUUUCGGUGACACAAAAAUAAACAAAGUAGGCGAUUCAUCAAUAAAUUAUUUACAAACAAUUAUCAGUGUCAUAAUGAGUACAAGUUGGGGAUAUUCAGCGGAAAACGGUCCCGCAGUUUGGGGCAAACUUUUUCCCUUGGCCAACGGAAAUCGCCAAUCUCCGGUAAAUAUCGAAACGAAAAGCAACAUUCAAAAAACGGGAAAUUUCUCGCCUUUACAAUUCAAAUAUGUGCCGGAAAAUACGCGGAGUUUGGUAAAUCCCGGUUACUGUUGGCGUGUCGAUGUAAAUGGAGAAGGAUCUCAACUCACGGGAGGUCCCUUGAACAGCGACACCUUUGUGCUCGAACAAUUUCACUCACAUUGGGGAUGCUCGAAUGAACGUGGCUCGGAACAUACUGUAGAUGGCGUCUCGUAUGCCGGCGAACUUCAUCUUGUGCACUGGGACAAAUCCAAGUACAGUUCAUUCGCCGAAGCUGCUGGUCAACCUGAUGGUCUUGCGGUUUUGGGAGUUUUCUUGAAGGUUGGCAAGCAUCACGAGGAAAUGGACAAGAUUGCACAACUUUUGCCCUUUAUUACGCACAAAGGAGAUCGCAUCACGUUGCCUCAUGCCAUCGAUCCCGCCAAAUUGCUUCCAAAGGACACCAAUUAUUGGACAUAUUUGGGUUCGUUGACGACACCGCCUUUCUACGAAUCUGUCAUCUGGAUUGUCUUCAAGGACCCCAUUGAGGUGUCGGAGGAACAAAUUGCGCUUUUCCGACAACUCAAGUGCCACGAUGUGCAUGAGGAGAGUCCGUAUGAUGCGCUCGGCGGACAUGUCAUCAACAACUUUCGCCCGCCACUUCCCUUGGGUAAUCGCACGUUGCGCGAGAGUGGCGGUCACUAACACGGCAUUUAAAUGUUCUGUAAACAACCGUAAAUUGAUAUCACACAAAAUUUAUGCACUUUAGUGUUAGUCAAGCACAAAUAAUUCGCAAUAUAGAAAAAAACAUUAAUAACAAUUAAAAUUUAAUGAAUUUGUACUACUUUAACGAUACAAACAGUAUUUACAGAGGAUCAUUUAGAACAAAAAAAAGCAAAAUAUUAAAAAUAACCUACAAGUGUCAAUUAUUAAAAUGAAAAAAAUAUAUAACUUACCUGAUAGAGGAGAUACCUAUAAAUGUUAAAUAAUUUGUAACAAUCGUAAAAGUCUGGUAACAACAAGUGCCUGUUUGUAUAAAAAAGAAACAAAAAAUUCAUUGGUUAUUGUAUACUAACUGUAUAAAUAUUUUUUGAAUUACAACUUGAGCGAAUAAUUAAUUAAUUAAUAAGAGUUUAUAAGAAAAGAGAAAGAAAGAUAUUUUUGUUAUAUAGAUUUUUAUUCACAGAGAGAAAUAUUUUAUUAUUAAAUAAACGAAGGAAAAAAGGAUUGUAGCUUUAUACAAUUUCUAAGAAACAAAAUAAAAACUAAAGGAAGUAAUGUAGACAUAUUUUGGUGCAAAAAAGCAAAACAAAUAAAAUUGAAAUUGUUUAAAAGUGGAAUUUUAA